UCGGGUUCGGGGAGCGGGCGGUCCCUUUCCGUUAGCUUGGACCUUUAGAGUCGCCACCGCCGCCGGCGCUGCUUUUCAAGAUGUCCAACAAAGAAUCUUGUGGGAAAAAAGAGAAGUCUCAGAGAAAAGGCACCACCUCAUUACCCAGCUUUGAUGAAGAAGACAAGGAAGAGAAAAACACCUCAGCAAGUUUAACUAGCUCAGCUCACUCUUUUAGAUCGGUUUCAUCAGAGAAGAGAAAACUGAAAUCAGAUCAUACAGACAUUCCAUAUUAUAAUACAAAAAGAAGACAAGAGCUGAAAAGAUUGAAUACAGAAAUUGACACUCUCAGAAAGAGACCCAAAAUCAGCUCUUCAUUCCAAGGACCUAUUAAACUCCGAGAAGCAACAUAUUCAAAUGAUAAUCACAUUAUUUCACAGAGUCCUUCCUCAAAUGAAACUAAAAAAGAUAGGAGUAAAUGUGUAGAUUUUAAACUUAAAGAUAUUAAAUUGGCAAAUGUUAGGAGUAAGCAUGACCAUGUAAUUAAAAACCUUAGCAAUCCUAAGACUGCCAAAGAUGUGAAACCUGAAGCUGAAGGCCAGGCAAGUGAAAAGAAAUGUCCUCAGUUACUUGCUCAAUGGGAGAAGGUGAAAGAACUCAAGAAAGAAAAGAACAAUAAAUUUAAAAACAGUUCUGAAAAAUGCAUCUCAGAGAAGUGCAAGGGAAAUCAAUUUUCACAAGAUUAUGAUCCCAACAAGAUAAUUCAGAAACGCUUUGAAUCUAGAAGAAGGAAGAUCAAUUUCAAAAUCCCAGUAAAAUCCAAUGAUACCCUCCAGAAGGUUGGAGAAGAAAAUGUCUUCAGUUUAGAUUCUAACAAGUCAAAGACUAAGCAGAAGGGAAAAGAAUGCCUGGAAAGCUCCCAGUUUUCAUUAAAUUUGACUAGGCAUAAAACUGAACAUUUAUUUUCAGAUUCUGCAUGUAAACAGACUGUUCAUGAGUGGAAAGUAAAAUAUGAUCAUGAGCAUCAAGAAAGUAAUGGUUCAAGUUCUAGUAAAAACCUAACCCAGAGUUUUGAAGCACCAUGUUCUUCGGUGUCACCUGAAGAUAUUCAAGAUACAGAUCAAGAGAUGCAGAUAGUAGAAGAGCUUCAUGCUGCACGUGUGGGAAAAAGUAUGGAUUUACCUGUGGUUCCAUCUUCUGGAGAGUUAAUGAGUAUGGAAAUUGAUUUGGUGGAAGAUGAUGUACAUUCUUCUGCUGCAAAUACUGCCUCAGAGAAAAAGCUUCUAAUUGUUAUUGAUACAAAUAUACUGAUGAGUCAUCUUAAAUUUGUUAGAAAUUUGAAGACAAAAGAAAUACCAGGCUUUUACGGACUUGUAUUAAUAGUUCCCUGGGUUGUUGUACAAGAGCUAGAUCAUAUGAAAGCAGGAAAACUACUAAAAUGUGCCCAGCACAAAGCUAUACCUGCAGUUCAUUUUAUCAACGACAGUCUCAAAGACGAAGAUAGAAAGCUAUGGGGUCAGUCAAUACAACUUGCCUCUCAAAAACUUUAUGGAUUGAAUGAUGAGAACAAUGAUGAUCGAGUAUUAAAAUGCUGUCUUCAGUACCAGGAAUUAUUCCCUUGUUCUCUUGUUAUUCUGUGCACGGAUGAUAGAAAUUUAAGAAACAAAGGCCUAAUAAGUGGUGUGAAGUCACUCAGUAAAGAAGAAUUGAGUGCAGAAUUAUUAAACUUAUCUCUGAACACAGAUGUGUGUCAUCAGCCUUGUAUUUCUAAGCAACAUUUGAAAGCAGAAGCAACAUGCCUGGAAGAGAACUAUGAGGAAGAAUCUACAAAUUCUGGAUUGUCCAUUCCACUUGAUAGCGUCAUAUCUGAUCUUGAAAAAUCUCUUGGAACAGCUUUAUCUUCAAUAUUAGAAACAGAAAUGAAAAUGGCUUUUGGAAACCUCUGGAUGGAGAUGCUGUAUUUGAAACCACCAUGGACUCUAAUACAUUUAUUACAGUGUUUUAGAAAACAUUGGUUGGCUGUAUUUGGAUUAGUUAUGGAAAAGAACUUGCUUUUAACUAUUGAGAGCCUAUAUGAAAAUCUCUGUAAAGCUAAUAAUGCAGCGGAUUUUCUAACAGUGAAUUUCCUGCUUCAGGAUUCUAAAAGUUUGUUACAUGCUUUUAGCACAAGGUCAAAUUAUGAUGGUGCUCUUCCACAGGCCUUUGCUCAGGUAGACAAACUGCUCCAGACAUUUAUGGAGGUGAAGACAAAACUUAAGCCAAAUUCUUCGGAAAACAUAGUGAGUAAAAAGCAGGAAGAUACUUCUGUGAUGAAGUCUCAUAACCAAGAAAUCACUGUUUCCUCGGGUUAUCUUUCCCAACCCAACAGGCAUCAAGAAAUCUGGUCUAUCCUAGAGAGUAUUUGGAUUACAAUAUAUCAGGACAGCUUGGAUGUGUUUCAAAGACUGGGCUCAAAUUCAGCUCUGACAACUUCAAAAAUAGCAUCAUUUGAAGAAGCAUUUAUAUAUCUUCAAAAAUUAAUGGCAGCCGUGAAGGAUAUCCUUGAAGGAAUUCAGAGGAUUUUGGCCCCCAACAGUAAUUACCAAGAUGUUGAGACCCUCUAUAACUUCCUAAUCAAGUAUGAGAUAAAUAAAAGUGUCAAGUUUACUGCCCAGGAGCUUUAUGAUUGUUUUUCUCAGACUGAAUAUCGGGAAAAGUUAACCAUUGGAUGCUGCCAGCUGGUUGAGAUGGAAUAUACCAUGCAGCAGUGCAAUGCAUCUGUCUACAUGGAGGCCCAAAACAGGGGAUGGUGUGAAGACGUGCUCAACUAUAAGACCUAAGUGCUGAUUUGUAAAACUUAAGAGGAACUGCAUUUGUCUUCAGUAAUAACAGUAACUUUCAACCUGGUCACUUUUUUGAAUCAAACCCAAGAGAAUUAUAACAAAUAGUUCAUACGUACAAGAAAGUGAUUGCUUAUUACUGACAAUCUCAAUGAAGCUCUAAAAAGCUUAAUGCCAAUCCAUUGUGAGAUAAAACUGUGGACUCAACUCUUCUGGAGUUGCCAAUACCUCCCUACUUCUACUCCUCAUACUGAGCCAGUAUCUCUAAGAAAAGGAGAGUCAUUUUUUCAGUCAUCUUUGGGCAGUAGUCACUGUGGCAUCUGAGGAAGGCCCAGGGUACAUCAUUAGCAUCUCUCUCAACCCCAAAUAUGGGUAUGCAACUAGACACUGCAAAACACUAAUAAUAACCAUGGUCACCACAUUCUACAAAUGAAAUCUUACCCUGGGCUGUUUUUAUAAUCCAACUGUUAGCCAUGUAGACCUGUUGAAAAUGUGCUUCCCUGCUCAACCUCCAAAGUAAUGAAAGUAGAAUUUUGACUUCAGUUCCUACUUCCUAUUGAGCUUAUUCUCUGAACUUGUCACUUUUCAGUGUAUUUCUUUUUUUUUUUUUAAAGACCAGUAAGGGGAUCUUAACCCUUGACUUGGUGUUGACAGCAUCACGCACUCCCAAGUGAGCCAACCGGCCAUCCCUAUAUAGGGAUCUGAAUCCACGGCCUUGGUGUUAUCAGCACCGCACUCUCCCAAAUGAGCCACGGUCGGCCCUUUCAGUGCAUUCCUAAUGGGGAAGAGCAGGGCGAUUCCUGUGCUGUUUCCAGAAUUUAGGUGUGACUGUUUGCCCCUAGCUAAAACCAACUUGUUUAAUUGAUUUCUUAGUUAUACAGUAAGGUGGAAAUCCUUAUUUACCUGAGUUCAUUAUGCUUUUGUUAAUUUUUACAUUAAAUCUAAGUUUUUUGUUUUUUUUUAAAGCAAUAACUAAUUUACU